UGUAAUGAUGAAGUGGGCCCUGGUUAUUGGGCUAAUUAAAAACCCAAGCAACCCGGCCCGUAACGUUCUGCAUCGUUCCAGUUGCGUCGAGUCACAGGUCGGAUUGAGGCGCGUGUUGCGUCGGAAGAUGGCGAGCUCUCUACUCCGACGAGGUCUGCGCGUGCCUCGCGCUCAUCGUUCGUCGCUUGUUGCCUACACAAGAACGUUCUCUUCCGACGUCUUGGUGGAAGCCAAGCCGGGCGAGAUCGGGAUAGUUUCUGGAAUUCCUGAAGAACAUCUGCGAAGAAGGGUUACAAUUUACUCACCUGCUCGAACUGCAGCACAACAAGGCUCUGGAAAAGUUGGGAGGUGGAAAAUCAAUUUCAUGUCCACACAGAAGUGGGAAAAUCCAUUGAUGGGCUGGACAUCCACAGGAGAUCCAUAUGCCAAUGUUGGUGAUGCGGCACUGAGUUUUGACAGUGAAGAAGCUGCAAAGGCAUUUGCUGAGAAGCAUGGUUGGGAAUAUGUGGUCAAGAAGCGUCACACCCCUCUAUUGAAGGUGAAGUCAUAUGCCGACAACUUCAAGUGGAAGGGUCCGCCCAGCUCUGAAUAUUGAUUCCUACUUGUGCAAUUUCUUAAGCUGGUUUGUUUACUUUGCCCCUUCUGGGAAAUGUAAGCUUAUUUAGCAAAUGCUUUGUAUACAUUUUGAUGCUCCCUGCUUGUUGCUUCUGCAUCGCUUUUUCUUUUUCUGCAAAUAAUUGUAAUGAACUGUUCUCAAUUUUAUUUCAUGACAUCGUUUUUCUA